AAGAGAGCUGACAUCAGAACAUGCAAGUCAAAAUGCCUUGGUUUCUGCCACUGCUGCUUAUUGUAGGGAACGCAUGUGCCCUGGAGGACAAAUACAAACCUGGCAACUACACCAAGGAUGAAGCGGGUGCUUUGUUAUUUGUGGCUGAUUACAACACAACAGCAGAGAGCAUUUAUUUCAAGAGUGUUUCAGCCAGCUGGAAUUACAACACCAAUCUGACCAAAUAUAACCAGCAGAAACAGAUCAAUGCCUCGCUAGUUGAGCAAGAGUUUACGGAAGCCUGGGCCAAGAAAGCCAAGGAAUUGUUUGACGACAUAAGUAAGAACUUCAAUGAUACAGAGCUGAAGAAAAUACUGAGAGAGAUUCGAAUCCUAGGCCCUGCAAAUCUUGACCCACAAAAGAGAGAGAAGUACAACACCAUCCUGACUGAAAUGGAUAAUAUCUAUUCCACAGCGAAGGUGUGUCCCCCAAGCCAAGAGAAUAUCACUAAGUGCUGGUCGCUUGAACCGGAUCUCGUGCAACUUUUGGCAAAAUCCAAAAGCUACCAGAAGCUGCUGUAUGCCUGGGAAGGCUGGCACAACUCCGCAGGAAUACCUCAGAGAGAGAAGUACACAGAGUUUGUUGACAUGAGCAAUGAAGCCACUCGUUUGGAUGGGUUUGAGGAUACUGGAGAGUACUGGAGAUCAUGGUAUGAAUCGCCAACAUUUGAGGAAGAUCUUGAAUUCAUCUACCACCAGUUGAAACCUCUCUACCUCAACCUCCAUGCUUAUGUGAGAAGAAAGUUAUAUCAAAGAUAUGGAGCCAAAUAUAUCAAUCUGAGAGGACCUAUUCCUGCACAUCUCCUGGGUAAUAUGUGGGCACAGCAGUGGAAUAAUAUCUAUGAAAUGAUGAUCCCAUUCCCAGACAAAGACAACAUUGAUGUUACUGAUGCAAUGGUUCAGCAAAAUUGGAACGCCACCCGUAUGUUCAGAGUUGCUGAGGAUUUCUUCAAAUCAUUGAAUCUUACUGAGAUGCCCAAGGAGUUCUGGGAUGAAUCAAUGCUGGAAAAGCCAAAUGAUGGCCGCGAGGUGGUGUGCCACGCUUCAGCCUGGGAUUUUCUGAACCGCAAGGCUUUCAGAAUCAAACAAUGUACAACAGUCACAAUGGAGCAACUCUUCACCGUUCAUCACGAGAUGGGUCACAUCCAGUACUAUCUGCAGUACAAAGACCAGCCCGUCACAUUUAGAGCUGGAGCCAAUCCAGGUUUCCAUGAAGCAAUUGGGGAUGUAAUGUCACUCUCAGUGUCAACACCAAAGCACCUGGAGAAGAUUGGGCUGCUGCAAACAGUCUCAGACGGACACGAGGCUGAAAUCAAUUAUCUUCUGAAGAUGGCUCUAGAAAAAAUUGCCUUCCUUCCCUUUGGCUAUUUGAUAGACCAGUGGAGGUGGGGAGUGUUCAGUGGACGCAUCUCUCCAUUGCAUUACAACUACGAAUGGUGGUACCUGAGGACAAAAUACCAAGGAAUAUGCCCACCAAUUUCUAGGAAUGAAACACAUUUUGAUGCUGGUGCCAAGUAUCACGUCCCAGGAAACACACCUUACAUCAGAUAUUUUGUGAGUUGUAUUCUGCAAUUCCAGUUUCAUAAAGCUCUGUGCAAUGCUUCAAACCAUACUGGAGCUCUACAUACAUGUGAUAUCUAUAAAUCCACGGUCGCUGGUGAGAAGCUCAGACAAGCACUGAGGGCUGGCUCUUCCAGAUCUUGGGAGGAGAUUCUUAAGGAAGUGACAGGUGAUGGGAAGAUGGAUGCCUCUGCUCUACUUGAAUAUUUUCAGCCAGUCACUACAUGGCUUGAAAAACAGAAUGUGUUAAAUAAUGACGUGCUUGGGUGGCCUGAUUUCGAUUGGCGCCCACAAGUCCCUGAUGGGUAUCCAAAUGGCAUUGAGAAGAACACGGAUGAAACUGAGGCAGAAGAUUUUAUAAAGAAAUACAACAUGACGGCGGAGAAGGUGUGGAACGAUUAUACAGUGGCAUCGUGGGCCUACAACACCAACAUCACUGAGCACAACAAACAGGUCAUGAUGGACAAAAAUCUGAAAAUGGCUAAUCACUCAGUGGAGUACGGCCUGCAAGCUCGCCAGUUUGACUCCACAAAUUUCCAGAAUGAAGCAACUAAACGGAUCCUGAACAAGCUGAGCGACAUUCAGCAGGCAGCUCUUCCAGAACCAGAAUUGAUAGAGUAUAACAAUAUUCUAUCUGACAUGGAAACCACCUACAGUGUUGCCAAAGUGUGUCGAGCCAAUGGGACAUGUCACCCUCUGGACCCUGAUCUGACGGAAAUAAUGGCAUCCUCAUCUAACUACAGUGAACUGCUGUUUGCCUGGAAUGGGUGGAGAAAUGUUUCUGGGAAGAAAAUGAGGAACAACUUCAAGAGAUACGUGGAACUCAGCAACAAGGCGGCACGAUUAAAUAAUCACGCAGAUGCUGGAGCUUUCUGGAGGUCGCUGUAUGAUUCUGAAACAUUUGAGGCAGAUUUGGAGAGGAUUUACAACCAGCUCCAGCCUCUAUACUUGAAUCUGCAUGCUUAUGUCCGACGUGGAUUGUAUCAGAAGUACGGAGAUAAAUACAUCAACCUUAAGGGCCCAAUACCAGCUCACUUAUUAGGAAACAUGUGGGCCCAGUCGUGGAAUAAUAUCUAUGAUCUGUUAACACCUUAUCCUAACGUCUCUCAUGUCGAUGCUACUCCAGCAAUGAUUGCUCAGGGUUGGACUCCCAAAAAGAUGUUUGAAGAAUCAGAUAAGUUUUUUACAUCUCUCGGGCUUAUCCAAAUGCCGAAGGAAUUCUGGGAUAAGUCGAUGUUGAUGAAACCUGAAGGCAGGGAGGUUGUCUGUCAUGCUUCUGCCUGGGACUUUUAUAACAGGAAAGAUUUUAGGAUUAAGCAAUGUACUGUGGUCAACAUGGAAGAUCUGGUCACUGUCCACCAUGAAAUGGGCCACGUUCAGUACUUCCUUCAGUACAAAGAUCAGCCGGUCUCAUUCCGAGAUGGAGCAAACCCAGGAUUCCACGAGGCAAUUGGCGAUGUUAUGGCUCUUUCCGUUUCCACUCCAAAACAUCUGCACACCAUCGGCCUACUCAGUGAAGUAGAGGACAAUAUCGAAAUGGAUAUCAACUACCUGUUGAGCAUUGCUCUGGAAAAAAUUGCUUUCAUUCCAUUUGGAUAUCUGAUGGAUAAGUGGCGAUGGAAGGUUUUUGAUGGACAGAUUAGUGAAAAUGACUACAACCGAGAGUGGUGGAACCUCAGGUUAAAUUAUCAGGGAUUGUGUCCUCCUGUUCCUCGUUCAGAGCAAGAUUUCGAUCCCGGGGCAAAAUUCCAUAUUCCUUCAAACGUUCCCUAUGUCAGGUAUUUUGUGAGCUUCAUCAUCCAGUUCCAGUUCCAUGAACGCCUUUGUGAAGUAGCAAACCAAACAGGUUCCCUGUUUAAGUGUGACAUCUAUAAGUCCAAGGAAGCUGGAAAAUUAAUUGCGGAUGUCAUGAAGCUUGGUAGCAGCAAGCCCUGGUCUGAAGCCAUGAAGUUAAUAACAGGGAAGCCAGAUAUGUCUGCUGAGCCUCUACUGAAGUACUUCAAGCCACUGACAGACUGGCUUAUUGAGAAGAACAUCAAGAAUGGAGAGACCCUGGGAUGGCCUGAAUACAAUUGGACUCCAGCUCUAGGCUCAGACAAUCUGCCAAUUCCAACUUCAACACCAGAAGAGGCGAAAGAUAAGGUGGAUUUUCUGGGAUUAACAUUGGAUCCCCAGCAGGCAAAAGCAGGACAGUGGAUUCUGCUUUCAGUCGGUAUUGCCCUAGUCUUUUUAGUUUUGUUUGUGGUAAUGAAAUUUCUUUCAAACAAAAGAAGCCCAAAAAAGUCAACAUCUGAACUCGAACUAAAAUAACAUUUUAAUAUCAGGUUCAAACUCAUUGACUAUGCAAAAAUAACAGCACCAUCUAUGUUGUACAUAUGAUUUAAAAUGUUUAAUUAGUAAUUUGGGUGGAUAUAUGCUUUAUUACAAAAAUUUCAUAAAAUGUAUCUGGUAUAGAAUAUUGAAAACUUUUACAAACAGCUUGUCUUAAAGACAUAAUGCAAUUGUUAAAUAUGAACAUGUGAUCAUUAUGUUACUGAGACUCCAUGAGAAUAAGUUGCUGUAUAGAAUAAUGCUUAUGGUCUGUGUGUUUAUGUGCAUUGAUUAAGUCCUUUCCAAAAAACUGGAAAAUAUCUGCUUGAGUACAGGUAUGGAAGAUAAAGGGAUAGGUGCAGACUGAGAUGAACAAAUACUCCAUGGACGCAAUGGUUUCUGAGCCACUGGGAUCCUUUAGUUAACUUGUCAGCUACAGUGUGAGAGAUACAUCUCAGCAAGUGUGGUUACCUCAUAAAUGGACACUACAUUCCUCGGUCUGCACUGACGAUGAUGUGUUGCCAUCAGUGCAUUGGUGACACUACUUUGGCACAGAAAAUGUAAAAGUGUAGAAUUCCUGGUUCCUAAAGAACUUUAAUGGCGCAUUUCCUGCUGCUGCUGCUAUCAUAUCUGGAAACAAUUGUCUCCCAAGCUCUUACAGAUCACAUUCACUGUACCUCAAAAAACAAAUAGGAAACUAUUCUUUUGCAUAAAACAGGUAAACCUUCAGUGCUUUAAAGCACUUGCCAGACUGUAAGAUGAUCUCUGCUAAGCCUCUGCAUUUGUUUUCUAGAAUCUUAUUGUAUUUUUAUGAGAAAAUUUUAAAUAUGUUAUUUCAGUAAUCAUCACACCAAAUUAAAAAUAGUUCUGAACAGAAUGCUACUUCAAACUACAGAAAUCUAGAUCAGAUCACAUUGUUUUGGUCAUAUGUUUAUACAAUAUCCAUUCCACAUCCUUGAUAAAGAAAAACACAAGAGUUUGCUGCAGAACCACUGCAUAUCUUGUUAUAGACACACUCCAUGUUAUCUGACGAUUCACAUAGGAAAUGUUCAAGAGAUCAAUCUGUUAAAUGAGCAUAUGGCUAUGAAGGUGGAAUAAAAUGCAUGCACAACAUAUAGA